AUGAAAUAAAAGAAUAAGAUGCAACUUCCUUGUUGUAGGAAUCAUGAUUUUUGUGGUAUGAAAUAUGAUUUUCAUGAAAGUGAUAAGAGUUAAAUUUAAAUUUAGGAAGAGAGAGCAUUAUCAGCAAACAUUGAUCAAUUUAGAUAAUCAAGGGGUUUGAGUGGAGAGAGAUAGAUAAACCUAAAUUAAAUGACAGAAUAGGCAUUAGAUGAUUGGUAUUGUUAAUCACAAAAUAGACCAAUGGAAUAAUUACUCAACAAUAAGAAAAGAUUCUUUGUUCCAUAAUAAUAUGCAGAAGAAUUAAAAAGUAGAUACAGAUUACCAACCACUUAAAAGGGAAUCAAAGAAUAUUUGUUUACAGAUUAAAUAUCCAAAAAUGAAAAAUAUAUUAUUCAAAAUGGGGAAAGUAUAUUGAAUCCUAAGAAUUUACUCUUUAAUCACGUCAAAUUAGAACCUAAAUUAAUGAUGUUCGGUUAGCCAAUCCAAGAAAGAGAGGACAAAAAGCUCAAGAGAAAAUAGGUAGGAUCUAGAAGAAGGGGAGUUCUAUUGUAAUCCGAUGAAAAUUACAGGAGAUUGAGCAGUGUUGAUAACUAGUCCCGAAGAUUCAGUGUCCAUGAAUAACCAACUCAUUAGAAUUAAUAAAAAAGAACCAUUGAGAAUCACAUCUUUCUAUAGAAUUAUGAAAACAUUACUAGAAAUUACUCUAAAAAUGAAGAGGUCCCCUUAUCUUUUGCAUACAAGGAGAUUAAUUAAUUGCAAUAGUAGAUAGAAAAAUAAGAAAAGGUGAGGCAUCCAGAAGAAAAUCAAAUAGUUAAAUGUGAGAAUAGUUAAUAGGAAAAAUAGAUGAUCGACAAUAAUUUUAGAUCCAUGAUGAAAUUUCAUUAGAGGGAGUAGGCAGAAAUCAGAAAGCAAUUAAAUUAGGCAGUUCAAUCUAUCAAAUAAUUAAUUAAUCCAGAUUCUGAGUAGGAAUAAAAGAUAUCCAAUCUAAAUUUAAUUCCCAAGCCUUUUCAAUUUACAUAAACAUAACAAACUCAAAAUCAAAUAAGUAAUCCAGAUAAGGUGCAGUAAAGCCAUUAAACUAAGAAAAACUCAGAAGCACGUACCAGAACACAUACUACAGAUGAAAUGGAGAGUUCUCUAUUAACUUCCGAUAUGAUUAAGUAUAUAAAAGAGUGCAAAGAUAAAGAUGGUCAAAAAAAAGCUAACGGGAUGAUUGAAUAUAUCAAAGAAUGCAGAAGUAAAGGCGAUUAAACAAAAACCAAAGAAAAAUUUGAAGGCAAUCUGGUGGAAAAGGUCAAUCUAAAACUUGUGAAAGAGGACAAACUUAAGAUGUGUGAAACUGAUUCAAUUGAUUACAAACCUCAUUAAGCAUCAAUGAAAUAAGCUAAUAUCAGAUCAUCAAUUUAAUAGAAUCCCAAGGUCUCUUAAGUAAGUCGUAGAGCUACUUUAAAUAAUAAUUAAAACACGUCUUAAAGUUUAACUAAGGGUAAUCAAUCCUAAAAUGUUACCAAAUAAAUUAUUGGUUGGUAUAACGAUGAUUCAUUGAAUUAGAAUGAACCAAAAUAAUAGGAUACAAGUUCCAAUAUCCCUGAAAUCAAAUAAUUAUUUAAUUACAUAAACUAAGGAAGAAGUGAAAAUGUUGAGAUCAAUGAAGAAGAAGAUAUUAUUUAUAUUCAAUAACUCAUCAAUCCUACCAUAUCAAAUAAAUCAGUUAUGCUAUCAAAUAAAUAGUCAGAUGUAAGUGUUGCUAAUUCUAAAUAAUUGAUCUAAAAAACUAAACAAUUACUGAAUUGUAAUUCUGAAACUAGAAUUAAAUAUAAAACUGAAUUAGUUAAUUUUAAUGCCUUGUUAGAUGAAAAAUAUGAGAAACAAUAGGAAGAUAAAUACUUUUGGUACAAUAAAGGUAUUAAACAUCUCAAAGAAAAUAUUGAAACAGCCUUGCAUUGUUUCAAAUAGGCCUUGAUUACCAAUCCUUUGGAUUCUAAUGCCGUAUAGUUAGUAGCCAUAAUAUACGAGAAGUUGGGCAAAAUCAUGACUGCCAAAAAGUGGUUCCAAUUAGCCUUAUAAUUUGCAGAAACCAAUCAGCUUAAAUUUAGAUAUGCACUUUGUUUAUACAAAACUGGAUCAUUUAAAGCAUCAUAACAAUUAUUGGAUUUAAUUAUUCAAAAUGAUAACUCUAAAGACAGAUCAUUGUAUGUAUAUUUGAGAGGGAUUUGUGCAAAAAGAAUGUUCAAUUUAGAAAGAGCUGCAGAAGAUUAUAAAAUAGUUAAAGAAUCGUCAAGAGCUACAAAUUAUAGUUUGUGUAUUCACUUCAUGCUAGCAGUCUUAUUUAGUUAAAAAAGAUAACUAGAAAUAAAAUUUAAUCCAUUAGUUUUUUGUGAAUUUCAUAAAUUGGUAACAUCAAUUAUAGAGUAAGAUGUUUACAUCGAGAAUCUAGUUAAAUUUUGGAUUAAUCAACAAUGGGUGAGAGAGGAAGAAUUAUUAGUUGAACUCAAGUAAACAAGCUUCUUUAAGAGAAUUGCCACCAGCAUUCUAAGAGUAUUUUUGAAGAAUAUGAAAUUGAUUGUAGUUGAAAAGGAUAAUGUAAUAUUUCCUAAGGAAAAUGAAGUGCACAUAAUUGUGGCAGGUAAUGUGAAUGUCUACGAUCAUCGAGUUUAAUAUAAGAGACCAGAUAUAAUUGCUAAUUAUAAACAAGGAGAUAUACUUGGCUGUCCAGACAAAGACAAUGGUUUAUGCAACAUCUCAGACAUAUGGUUUUUAACUCAGACAAGAUUAGAAUUGAUCUCAAUUCAGAAGAACUACUUUGAAGAGUUAUGGGAGGCUCAACAAUAGAUGGAAGGUAUUGAAUUAUUGACAAGAUUACAAUAAUUGUCCAUUUUUAAAGGAGUCUCCAUUUUAACUCUAUAUAAAUUAGUUUAUGAAUUGAUGGAGAAACGUAAUCUCAAAAAAAAUACAGUUUUAUUUAAUGAUGGGUCUUACUAUGAAAAUUUUGAAUACAUCCAUCUUAGGAAAUAACCCAAAGCAACAAUCUAGAUGACUCAUAGAUUGAUUGAUUAAUACAAGCAUUGUCACUUUCAAAGCAAAUUAAAGAAAUUGAUUAUCAAGCAUAAGCACAAAAUAGAUUAGUUAAAAUACAAUAGAAUGCAUUUAGAAGGCUUUUAUAUCAUGCUUUCAGGCAUGUGUGAAAUAGAAAAUCCGAAUGGAUUCAACAAUUAUUACAUAAAAUAUGGGGACUAUUUUGGAGAAACUUUGAUGUUCAAUACUAAAGGUUUUAAUUCAUUUGGACGUAUCAGAGCAUUUCAUGAUGAUGUUACAAUAUUGAAGUUAAGCAGAUUUCAUUUUAAUAAAAUACCGACUUUGGAUUUGAGGAUCAUGGAGAAGAAUUGUGAAAAAAGACAGGAGAUAUUGGAUUUGGAUCGAAUUUACAAAUAGAAAUAGAAAAUAAAGGAAAUUCAUAGUUAAAAAUAGCAUUAGCCUUAUAUUUGA